AUGGAUUCAGAAAUCAAUGCAAGUCCAUCAUCAAAUAGAUGUAUUGAUAUAGACUAUCGAUGGCGCAACAUAGCCACGUCAGAGAUUUUUAUUCAUCCACAACAAAAAGUGGUACUCACCUCACGUCGACGAGGCAAAGUGCCCAAAUCUACGAUUACAGCCAGACUUUCACCCCAUCUUCCUAAACGAAAUAUCGAGUCGUUGGGUCAUAUACUAGACCGAUUUGGAGAGCAACAAAAAAGAAAUGUGACGACGCUUUGUUCGGGUCAUUUGAAUCCCAACCAAGCCAAUCAACAUCUCGAGCGUUUUAUUGAUAUGCAUAAACCUCUACAAAAAUUUUGUGGAAAAGUACCCAAAACUGAUAAAGAGUUUCCGGCCAUAUCUAUUCCAAGUGGACAUUCAGCCAUGAAUGAAUCACAUCCCACUACACAUGAUGAUCAACGUCCUGCACCCAAGUUAUUGAACGAUCCAUUUAAAUCCGAUACAAGCUGCAACAGUUUAGAUGUUGGAAACAUGAUUGACCUACUUGGCAAAUUCGACAUGGUAAAACUACGAGAUAAAGAUGUUGACACAUCUGAACUACCUUUACCUAUUGAUAUUCCCGAAUUGAUACCCCAAAACAGUAAACCGGUACGACAAUUUAUUCCCAGCUAUCAACUCAAUCUUACCAAAGUGGACCAAUUCAAAACGUUUCAGCAUAUCGACACCUCAUUAGUUGAACGCUCGCAAAGUUACCUCAGAAACGCGGAUAAUGGGAAACUGAAUCAUCUUCAAAAGUAUUUCAAAUAUAUCGAAAAAGAACUUGAUGCGAACCAUUGUCCGUCAAAAGGGCCUGAUUUCAAACGAUUAAUGGUAUAUAGCGAAUGUUUUGAAAAAUUAAUCAUGGAGUUUAAAACGUAUGCACCCUUACUGGCAGAAAUCAAGCACGAGUAUGAUAAAACCGUACUGAGUUUUCAAGGCGAUCAAAACGAAUUAAACUUUCUUCGAACAAAAGUACAAAAGCUUUUAUCCCAAAAUGAAAAUCGACUAUUGCUAAAAUUUGAGCGAAAAAAAGCCAAGGAAUUAGAAAUGCAAGUCAACUCACUACUAGCGGAGAAUGACAAAUUAAAGUCCGAGUUACGCCGAAAAUUGGCUAUUUACGCUAGCUAUAUUCCUGCAUCGAUUUUUUACGAAAAGAAAAAGAGUGAUUCAUUACUUGCCGAAGUGGAGUCUCAAAUCAAACACUACGAUGUCGGAGAAGAUCCCAUUACUGUAUCUGAGCGCCAAGUUGAAAUUCUGAAAAAAGAUAUCGAGUCCAAAGUUGAAAAAAUCAACGAUAUGAAGCGGAUCCAAGAUCUCGAGUUUGUUCCUAGAAUCACCAAAGAAAAAAUUGAAGAAACAGUUCGAGAAAUCGAGGAAAAGCUUAAAAAAUGCAUCGAGAAAAACGACGGGCUUGAAACUCGUCUUUCGGACAAGCAAUCUCAUAUCCGGCAACUUGAAAACACACUUCGUGAAAAAGAACAGCAAUAUCAAUUUCUUAUAACCGAAUACAACGAAUUGUCAGAGGCUGUGGCAUCUUCGCUCAAUAAAAAAUCAGCAGAUGAUCUUGAACAAAAAAUCAAAAGAGUUGAUUCAGUAAAACCCGAACCCGAACCUGAUCAUGAAUUGAAUUCAAGUCAAUCGAACAUUGAUAAUUCCGUGUUUGAUCCCAAUUUGGUAUCUCCUGAUAAUGUACAAAAAGAUGCGAUACAUGGCAUUACUCCAGCGACACUUUCCAAUGAUAUGUUGAUGCCUGUUGUUGAUCUACCAACCUUGACGGGUUUGGAGGAUAGUUGUACCAUUUAA